CCUGUGUAGUGUACCCACAUGUCACCAAAGGGUCAGACAUGGUCACCUAUGGUCAUCUCAUCCACACCAUCACAUUGCUCAGACAAGGACAUACACGGACAUCAAACGUACAGCCACCAUUAAACUGGACUCAGAUGCUGUAACCUGUACCUAAUAUACAUUUGACCUAAGGUUUACACUGUAUUACUACUGAUAUAGACUAAUAUUGGUCUGUGUGGCAUUGGACUACUGGUGUUGUUGUGACCUAUGGGGCUGACUUGUUGAAGGGCCCAGCUGAUAGACCCCCAGCUGGUUGGUAAACAGCUGACUGGCUGGCUGAUGUGUAGAGACUAGUCAGUACUGUCACAACUGCAGGUCAGGGAUGUGUGGACAGAGAGCUCCAUGUACAUAAACUGUGGACUAUGUAGAUAACGUGUGCAAUAUAUAUUUUAUUUAUUUAUUUAUUUAAUUUAUUUAAUUUAUUCAACUAUUUAUUGGAAAAAACUAGCGAGAUCAGUAUGACUUGUCUCGUUCAGAACACUACAACACCAUCAGUUGGAGACUCCAACAGUGGUUCAGGCUGGGCCCCCCUGUAUGGGGGAGGGACACACCUAGACCAGGAGGCCAUCCAAUACAUACACAAGUUCUACUGUAAGGACUGUCGCAUGGAGGAGGAGAAGGCCAAAGCAGCUGCAGCAGCCGCAAGGGGAGACAGUCCACAGGGGGGUGGGGACACCUCGGACACACCCCCUGAACAACAACAACAACAACCUAUCAGUCCAGAGGCUAUGCUAGAGGAGAUGUCCUUACAACAAAGCAUGGACAAAAACAAAGAAUCCUUGAAGCGUAAGCUGAUGAUGAGGCGAUCUGUGACAGAGCUGGUGGAGCAGGGCAUCUAUCCUCCUCUGAAAACACCACCUGCAUUUGCGGAACAGAGAAAACAUCUCGAGCGAGCUAAGACUGGGGAUUUGUUACGACACAAAAUCAUACAUCGUCCUGACCGACAACUACUGGUACAACAGCACAUAUUAGAAGAUACAAAAAUAGACCCUUCUCUGCAUGAACGACAACGUCUGUUGAAGCGUGCUCGACUCGCAGAUGAUCUCAAUGAAAAGCUCCUUCACAGACCUGGCCCACUGGAUCUUAUACGAGGCAACAUUCUAAAAACUGAAGAUGAAACGCUCACAGACGCUAUCACAGAUGGAGUCGUGCAGUUACAAGUUCCAGACAACAAAGAUUCCAAGUCGUUCCAUUUUGUGUUUGAUGAUGAUAGUAGCGAAGGAGCGCCUUCUCCGUCCCAGACCGAGGAGUCUGGAAUGUCGGACAUUGGAAGUCCUCCAGUGGUGCCCCCUGCGCCUGAUCCACCACCGCUUCAACUCAAAACACGACAGACAACUAUCACAGCCCCUACUUUCACCAAGAUGUCACCUCUCAAUACUCAGUCCAUAGCUGUUCUCAGCACUCCCAUUACUUCCUUCUCUGGUUCUCUAUCGUCAUCUUCAUCAUCCAAGAAUGGAAACUCUGGUAAUGGCAUUAACAAGGCCUCACGACAGAAAAAGUCAAAGCCAAAAACCUCAUCAAAGUCAAAAGUGAUAAAAUUUCAUGAAUACAAGGGACCGCCGAGUGCAUCAAAAUCACAAGUGACAUCCACUGUAACAUGUACAGCAUCUCCUUCACAGAGUACUACCAUAAGUUCUACUCCACCAGCUAACGAUACUAAAUACAAUCUGAUGCUUCAGCAGCAACAGUUAUUUCUGCAGUGGCAGUUGGAGUUUCAGCAGAAGAACCUCCCAGUCCCUGUUACCCUACUACCACAACAGAAGGUGGAGUCAAGUACAGCGUUGUCACCAGGACAAAGUGUUGCUGGAAGUGUUAUCAUGACCUCUGCUAUCAACAGUCCUCCCACGUUUGUCAGUAGUCCACCCACAGUAGUGCAAGCUCAAGGCGUGGUACCAGCUCAAGGGCUGCUGCCCCCACAGAACGUUGUCCCUGCCCAAGGAAUGUUAGCCACACCGUCAGUAGUACCAGCACAAGGCCUGGUACCCUCACAGGUUGCUACGACAGUAGUGUCAACAUCUUUACUGCAGUCUUCUACAGUUCCCCACACCGUGAUCAAACAACAACCUGCACAACUUCAAACUGUGUCACAGCCUCAGGUUCAAAAAGUGCAACAGGUGCAAGUGCAAAGUGGACAAUCUGUGGUGCAAAAACCUGGGUCACAGGUACGAACACACACACACCCAGUAUCUCAGACACAUCACUCUAAAUCUCAGAACAAGUCUAAUCAUAUAGUGCAGAAACCAUUUGCUAACUUGGAGGACAUGAAAGUGGCUGAUCUAAAACAGGAACUAAAGAAAAGAAAUUUGCCUGUGUCUGGUCCUAAACCUCAGUUGAUAGAAAGGUUAAAGCCUUAUGUUGAUGUGAUCAUUGGAGUGGCACAGGGAUCAGUAAGCACUAGUGUGUCAAAUGAUAACUCAUCAUCAUUAAUCAAGAGACCUGUGCCAACGAUAGUGAGUGUGAAGUCUAUUCCUCUAACACCACUAGAUGAGGCUGUAUGUAUGCAGUCUCCUCCUUGCUCCCCAAAGACAGAACAAACCAUUACAACUACUCCACUUUCGCCAGAAAUUAUGGAUAUUGCUCAAUCAGCACUAAAUGCUCAGAAUAAAGGGGGACCACUCACUCUGAGUCAGUCCUCAAUUCCUAUGGCAAUUGACAAUUCUAGGCCUCCAUCUGUAGCCCCUAUGGACAUAACAAUGGAUGUAGAUGGACCUAUAGAUAUUCGUAGAUUCUCUCCCACAAGUGUCAGUCAGGCUGUGACUCCACCAGUGACAGCAACUGUCACAUCACCUAAGCCACAGUCUCAACCCCAACUCCAGACACAGCCUGCACCUCCAGUCAAACAGGCUAAUUCCCCCCCUGGGGCUGCGCCGCAGAUUAGUAGUGAAAUCUUGCUCCAACAACAACGUCGCAUAGCACAGCUACAGAAGGAGCUUGAGGAGUCACAAAUGAGGCUGAAGCUGCAACAGAUGCAACAUCAACAUCUUCAACAACAACAGCGGCAUUUACAACAACAGCAGACAACACACCUCGCACAACAGCCAGCCUCACCCCCACAGCUGUCCCAGCAGCCAAACUCACCCCCACAACAAGUGAUACAGCAGAUAAUCCAGCAGCCAACCUCACCCCCUCAGUUUAUGCAUCCAAGCCCACAGCCAACCCCCCCUCCUCAAAUCUUACAUGCCAUGACCUCUCAACCAAAUUCACCUCCGAUGAUUUUACAACAGCCUCUGUCACCACCUCAGUCAGUACAACAGCCAAUAUCCCCUCCACAGUUGAUACAGCAGCCUAUAUCCCCUCCGCAACAGCCUUUGUCCCCACCACAAAUGCUGACAACAGUGACUCUAGGCGAUGGUAAGAUCUCGCCAAUACCCCAGAGUGUGGGCAUGACCAAACUGGUGCAGAUUCCCACUCAGUCGUUGCAUUCUAUGAUUGGUAACCCGCCUGUACUGACGGCGGCACAUGGCCUCCAACUUGCCCACCAUGGCAUUCCUACAGUUAUGGUUGCCACCAGUGCUGCAUCAGACAACAAACAACAAGGUGCCAAACCAAACCUCACAGAUUUCUUUAAAACACAGUCACUGCAUCAGAGUCUCAACAUAGUUAAACCUGGAACAUCUAGCUCGGCUGCCAUGUUCAAACAGCCAACUUUACUUGUGACUUCCGGUGCCAAGACGAUAACCUUGACUGCUCCACUCAAUGGACUAGCCACCACGAGGACAACCUCCUUGCCAUCUUCUCCUGUUGAGGCCAAAAUGUCACUAGGGAGAACGAUGUCAAACCCAUUUUUUGUGCCACAGAAGGAACCUCCAAAGUAUGACGAGGCUGUGAGGAACAAACACAACUCACAACAGGGACCUGGAGCAAUAGAGAUCACUAAUGCUAUAGUACCUAACAAAAUUCCUGUAAAAAGUCAGGCGAUGGAUGACGUUCUGGAGAUCCUCAUAAGGACCGGGGAAUUGCCACCAAGUGCUGCCCAAGAACCUCCUCCAACACCAAAGACAACGACACAAAACGCGACCAUACCUUCUAGUGUGUCGCAGUCAAGUGUCGCUAUGACCACAACCACCUCUACAACCACUGUUGUAUCAUACCCUGUGACCUGUUCAGAACAGUUUCCUGGGCUGUCCUCUACGUUCACAGCAACAGCCCCAUUAGACUCUGCAGCAGAAAGUAUCUCCUUGCUGCUCAACAGCCCACAGCAGGUGUCAUCUCUGUGUGUGAAACAGGAGAGUUCCACUCCACCACCAUUAAUGGUGGCCAAUGUGUUGUCACCGGACACUCACGACCUACUGGAUAUAAAUGACUACAUGUUGAACCAGGAUUUGAACUCAAUGGAUUGGACGUCCGACCAAUCAUUCACUCUAGACUUGAAUGACACUUCUUCAAUGAACAUGCAGACAGACCAAGAAAUGAAGUGUGAUGGAGUUAAUGACUUCUUAAAUGUGCCAUUGUUACAAGGCGGCAAUAAUAAAGGGGCACCCCAUGGGUCUGAACCUGACCUCACAGGGCUGGGACUCACAGAAUCAGAUAACUGUCCUAAUAACCAGAUGGAUGUGUCUGAUUGGCUGGAUGUGAUCAUGCCCAGUACAGGGUUAACCCCACUCAGUGCUAAUCCACCCACGUCAUUCCCCUCGGACCCUAUCCUCACCCCCAAAACACAGCAGGAGGUUCUAGAAUUAUUCAACUUUGAUGAUACAGACUUCAAUACUCCUACAGAUCUACAUAGUGGUAUCAAUUGGGAAAAACUGACAGAAACAACAGGAUCUAGUUAGUGAAAAGUAUCAUCGCUGGCUCUAGAUAUUGUAGAGUGUCGAAGCUGGCUCUAAAAUUCUAUAUAUACUUUUAAUGAAGCUCAUAUUGAAACAAAAUUUCAACAAUGAAAUUUGAACAAAUUUUGAAUGUGGUGCUUAUUAUUAUAAGUUUGGACCAAGACAUUCAAGUGAGACAGGUGCAGAAAUACAUUUUUUUAUUCUUUUAUAUUAGAAAGGCAAGAUGGGGAGUUGUUUGUAACUAAAUUCUUCAGUGUAAAAACACUGCUUAUGGUCACCUGAUGGAUUGAUCAGUAUACAUACAUACAGCUGUGUGUACAAGUAAAAUUAUAAACAAGUGGAACGCAAAGACUAAUAGAAGUAUUCCUUCUUUUUUUAAAAACAAUAUAAAAAAAUAAAUUUUGCAUAUUGAUAGCUAUUUGCAGUGCUGGUAUUGGUUUGUUGUCACUGAUAUUGUAUUAAAAUUGCAUUGUUUUUCUGUUUUUUUUUUGUGAUUUAGAUUGUGAGACUUGUAGUCCAUACACUUGUAUAUGUUUACCAUUACUAGUAGCACUAACACCAAAACUUUCUGGUUGAAUGUGUCCCCCCAUGUUAAAAUGUCUCAUUAAUCAUCAGUCUGCUACUCACAAUGACUCUGUCAUGUUUUGUGGGUCCAUUCAUAUCGGAAUGUUUAAUUUGCAUUGAUUGUCUUCUCAGUGACAGAGUCGUUGCGACUAGCAGAUUCUCCAAACACAUAUAUAUGUAAUUGUUUUAAUUUUUGUUUCAUUUUUCAACUCAUUGCUGUGUUCGAAUGCAUUCCAUCCCGAAGAAAACAUUUUCCUUAUUUCUCCUAAAUUAAAUUAUUUAUUAAAAGAAUCCUUAUUUAUUAUUUAAUAAAUCUUAUCCGCAAAGUGGAGCUACCAGACAAGUAUGUAAUAUUGGGGACCAUUUUUCAUGCCAACAUGAACCAAGCAGUGUAAGCUUUUAUUUCCUGGAGCCGUCUUUGGUUUCCAUGGCAAUCAAUUUGAAUAAAAAGAGCUAUCCUAAAUGUAGGAUAGCCUUGACAACGUGUAAUGUUAAGUAGUCUCCUACUUUUGUAAGUCAAUCCAUCAUCCAAUUUUAAAUCAUUGUCUAGGGUUAAUAGUAGAAAUACUUUUGAUUUCAAAAUGGUUGCCAUGUUACCAUGGAGGCUGCGACCAGAUGAGGGCACAGUAUCCAAGACCAUAUUUACAUGAGAAUUGCAUGCAUAUGUAUUUUUUAUAAGUAGGAGAAUGUGAAAACAUUGAUGCCUGGUUGAGAUUUAGGAUAGCUACUUAUGCUGGUGAGAGUGAGAAUGAUCUAUGUAGGUUUAAUGAAUGAAACUAUUAGCAUGAAGAAUCUCAGAUGAAAUUCAUAGGUAAGCACUAGGUUUUUAGAUUUUUUUCUCAUACAUUCCCCCAUUCCCUGGUACUACCACUUUGCAUUCAUUACCAUGGCAAUUGUAACCUCUGGCCAAUCACAGGGCACAUCACUUGUUAUCUAAUCUAGGCACCAGCCAAUGGCAAGCUUAGCCUUCUCUCUAUGCACUACCAGUUUCACUGUGGCAUCAUUCUUCAAAGGUAAUUUCAUGAUUCAAAUUUAAAAAUAAACAUUUUAUACAAAUGUAGAAUGGGUGUAUUUAUAGGUAUUAGUAAAUAUUACAGAAAUUUAGGCAAUGUUUGUUGCUGAGUUCUGUCCAUCAUGUGUUGAUUACGCUGGCCUAACACUACAGCAGUGACAUUUCUUACUACCAAAUUUAUCUUCCUUCUGUUGUUUGAAGGGCACUGUUUGGCAGUUCUUUUAUAGGCUAAAAUAUACAGUAAAACCUGAGUAAGCCAAGGUCAAAGGGACCACAAAAAUAUUCCAGUUAUCCUAGACGAAAUUAAAGUUUUCCAUUUCUGACAACUGUUCAGAGUGACAUUUGCUUACAUAUUAAGCCAUGUAAAACUAUAAAGUGUCAAUACAGCAGAGAUAUCAUAAAUAAAGUAUCUAGCGUUUUAACAUAUCCAAGAUAAUAGAUAACUUCAAUUAGAUUUCAUAUUUGAAUGAAGCCAUGUCACAGUCAACAAUGUGAUGGUGACUGAAGUAGAGAAUACGGUAAACCUUCCACCAACCAACCUCUAGUUCUAACUGUUACCAUAGUAACAACUUUGAUAGGCCCUGUAUCACCGACACUACUGGUCUGUCUGUGUGGGAGGUGUGUCAGUGGAAUGGUGUGGGGGUUGAAGGUUCAUAGCCAUAGUUACCAGGUAUACAAUUCUGCUGACCAUACCGCAUAUUCAUCGAACAUCCCACAGCAUAGAUUUUUUAAAACAUAUUUCCUUUUAACACAAUAAAAGUUUUAGAGAUUUUCUUUAACAAUAAACAAUGUAUUGAGAUUUUAACAUAUCUUGUUUGAAGUUAUCAAUUUUUUUCCUUUUUCUUUUUUAAUCGUAUAGUAGUAUAUCUGAUAAUGUAGUGUUAGAAGUAGGCUAGAUUAUUUCAAAUUAAUAAGUUCUAACGGUAUCUUAUUACUUCAGGAGUACAUGUAUGAUUCAGUUUGAUUUUCAUGUGAGUUAAGGUUUUAAGAUUUUAAAAGAUAAAUAUCAUUUGAAAUCUAAUGGCAUUGAAGUGGAUUGUACAGGUGUUAUAUGUAAUCUACACGUGUGUUAUUUAUAGGUUUUAUUUACAGAGUAUAUAAACCUUUGUUAUAUCAAAAACUUGUACACGUUAUUGUAGCCUGUGUCAUCAUAUUCACAGCCUGAUCAUUAGAGAACAAAUUUGAAGUAAGUCUUUUGAGGAUUGUAAUUACAUUUUCAUAGCCUUACUGACAGUAAAAGAAAUUCUGAAGGCCUAGUUUUAUUACAGAAGUCACAGAGACUUUGGGGUUUAUUUUGAAUAGAUAAUUUCUCUGUGAAUAUCAGGGGUUCAUAUUUCAUCUUUUCAAUUUUUUGUACAUUAAAAAAAAUGAAAAUUUGAGAAUUUUUUAGGAGAUGAAGUGUAAUCACCCUUUUAUUGUUAGGUACAUUUAAGAGGUCAAUUACGAUUUUAAAGUUCAAACAUAGGAUUGUUGGUACUAUAGGACACUACCCUGGUGUUACAGAGCUGUGAAGCCCUAUGUUGGUACUAUAGGACACUACCCUGGUGUUACAGAGCUGUGAAGCCCUAUGUUACAUUUGUUAGUGAUUCGCAUCUGUGUAAAUAUGCAAAUCAGAUUACUCCCAUUGUUGGGACACAAUUCUCCUUUAAAUGUAUGAGAUUGUCUUUCACUGUUGCAUGAUAGUUUGGAUAUUUUUGUAAAAUGUUGGGAGAUUAUAGUUCAGACAGAGACACCAAAGGACGUAUACAUUGUAAGGUAUUGUAUAUUACAUUGUAAAACAUUACUUUGUGUUACACAUUGUAUUACAAUGUAUAAUGCUGAUGAAUCUUGCCGAUUUGUAAUUCAAGAUGAGAAACAUAAAAUUAUGUAUGUGAUGUAAAAAAAAAUUGCAGGAAAUUUAUUAACGAGUGAAAUAGUUAAAUUUUGUGUAUAAAAUGUAAAAUGUAGUUAUGUUUUUAUUACAUGAACCUGAUAGUGAUAAAAUAUAUUGUUUUUUUCUUGGCUUUACCGGUUAAUCUAUGACCUUCCUCACUGUUAGUGUAGAAUAAUUUAAGCAUGAAUUCAAGUCUUUGUCUUUAUACUUAGUGUCCAAAUUUUAAAAGGUGUUUACAAAUAUCUCUAUUUCAUCCCCACUAUACUCAGGGAGGCUGCUCCAAUUGAUCUACACUAUCCAUCUUAAUGAAAACAAUAUUUGAUGAAAUAUAGAUCUAGUAACAGAUCAAAAACAUAAAUACUUUGAAAAUGGGUUAUGUAAUGAGGUGUUGGGUGAGGUGGUCCUACAGGCAAGCCCUACACAUGUAUACAGAUGUAUACAGGUGAACCUGAACAGAUACUGGUACAUACAGAUGAACCUGGUACAUACAGGUGAACCUGAACAGAUACUGGUACAUACAGGUACAUACAGGUGAACCUGGUACAUACAGGUACCUACAGGUGAACCUGGUACAGAUACUGGUACAUACAGAUGAACCUGGUACAUACAGGUGAACCUGAACAGAUACUGGUACAUACAGGUACAUACAGGUGAACCUGGUACAUACAGGUACCUACAGGUGGACCCAAUAUAUACAGGUACCUUCAGGUGAACCCGUUACAUACAGGUACCUACAGGUGAACCUGGUACAUACAGGUACCUUCAGGUGAACCCGAUACAUACAGGUACAUACAGGUGAACCUGAUACAUACAUAUAUAUAAGUGCUGGUACAUACAGGUACCUACAGGUGAACCUGGUACAUACAGGUACCUACAGGUGAACCAGAUGCAUACAGAUGCAUACAGGUGAACCCUGUACAAGUAAACCUGGUACAUACAUGUAAACCUAGUAAAUACAUGGUAAGGAGGCUCAGCUAACAGUAUCUUAGGUCAACAAAAGAAAUAGAUGAAGAAUUUAUCUGUUUUUCACAUGAAAAAACAAGAGUAGGAGGAAGGUCAUAUUAGUCUGUAUAUCUAGUCACACUGACCAAACUCUGUCUUUUCUUUCAAAGUGACCACUGGUCAGCUCUGUUUGCUCACAGUUGUUAAAGUGACACCAACGUUUUUACGACAUGUUGUAUGUGCCUUAAAUACAUCUGUGAACAUUGGACAUAUCUGUUGUAGUUUGCGUUUUCUGUUAUUUUGUUCAUUGAUUUCAUUGUUAUAUAAUUAUAUACCUUUUGGAGAAAUCAAACAAGCUAAAAUAAAUGAGUUUUCCACACUGUGAUUUUCCCUUUCUCUGUAUGUGUUAUCACAGAUUGUCAUUGUUAGCAUCACUUCUACACAGUGUGGGUAUACGUUGGUUAAAGUCGUUAUACUGACAUAUUGGCUUGGAAUUGGUUUCUCCAUCAGGUCCACAUGUCACGUGACUGUGAGAGUAUAGUAAUUACAUAUUUAUUAUGUUUUUCUCUCCAUAUAUCUGUGGUCAUAUCAUUGGUUGGUUUGCACUAGGUCAGAGACAUAUUUCCCCAUGUGCAUGCGCUGUGUCUUAUAUAUAUAAGCUGUAUGGUUGAAUAUAUUUUCUUAUGAAAAGUAAUAUAUUAUUUAAGACAGUAGAACUGUAGCUUGUACAGUGUGAUGUACCAACACACACAGUCCUAUAUAAAACUAUUGUACAAAUUUGCUGUGUGCUUUUGCUUAUUCCUGCUGUUAUUUCUCACCCACAGUUUCCACAAUUUACCCGUGUGAGCCAACAUUCGAGUAUAUAUUAUCUCUUACUGAUUUUAUCUUGCACACUUUAUGUAACUUAAGCAGUUUGCUAAAAGUAAUAACAGGAUUUGAAAUUUCCAUAAAAAUACAAGAAAUAACCUUGGUUCCCCCAUACAUGUACCAUGUCUGUACAAUUUUACAACUGAAAACUUUGUUUUACUAAUGAGUUUCUACAAAUGGACCCAACAGAGGUUAAUGUCGUUUGCCAACUUCAACUUUUUUGUUUAUAACUAAAUCUGCCACUUGAGGUUUAAUGUUUUGUAUGUACGACAUUACAGCAUGCUUUAAUGUUACAGCCACCUCUAACAAUCUAUAGAGAAACUGUGGUUUUUGUAAAUUACCUUGAUGUUUAAAAAAAACUUUCUGCAUUUACAUUUGAAAUUUGUCCUUUUUAUCCUAACAUGUAAAAAAAAAAAACCUACAGAACUGAUCAAAUUUUGAUAUAGUUGUCAAAGUAAAUGGCUUGUUCCAUGAGGAAAGACAUGGUAUGUAUGGGUCUAUACCUAUAUCGUGUGGUGGGAAUCACUACACUCACAGCUUUGUUUCCUCGCUAGUACAAUAUUAUGUGUCGUUUGACAUUCCAUAAAGUCAUAUAUCUGCUUUUGCAUUUCAGAAAAUCAUUUCUGUAUUGAAUGUGUUCCAUGGCGUAUCCUUCUGAGUCUUCUCAAUUCUAUGAUUUUGUUCAUAAAGAAAAUUUGGUACUUAUAAUAGUGAUGGAUACAGAUAUCUACGCGACUCGUUGAGUUUCUGUAGUAACAUUUGGUACUUAAUAGUGAUAGAUACAGAUAUCUACACGACUCGUUGAGUUUCUGUAUUACUAUUUGGUACUUAAUAGUGAUAGAUACAGAUAUUUAUGCGACUCGUCGAGUUUCUGUAGUAACAUUUGCUGCUUUUUGUCAAUAACAUGUGCCAAAAAUUUGUUAAAGUCUUUUGUAUGUUGAUAUGAAAAACAUGAGUUUACUGUAAAACUAUUUUGUAUAUUGAUACCAAAAACAUGAGUUGAGAUAUUAUCAUGGAUAUUUGUCAGUAGGGGGAGUGAAAAACUUUGGAGCCAUUAUUUCUGUAACUGCUUUUGAUUGUUAUUACCAAACAAAUUUCAUAUCAAAACAAAUUAAUAUAAAUCUUUCAGAACCAUGCAUUUUCAAAUGAUUAUGAAAUUGAUUAGGAAGAUUAUCUCCCUUGGAAAGGAAAUCUUCAAAAUGUUGACAAAAAGAUAAUGCAAUAUGUGGUUUAGGCUGACAUACAUUUAGAUAAUAAUGUAAUAUCAUAGUUUGUUAUAAGAUAAUAAUACAGAUGAAAUACUGAAUAUUUUGUCAGGUAACCACAGUAUUGUAUUCUUUAAAGGCAAUGUGUGUACGCUUUCUCUGGGUGAACCAGAAAUUACAAGUAUCAUUCAAGGUGUGUCAUAUGGAACAUGUUGAGUCACCAGACACAACAUAAAGAAUGUGUAGUAAUUGUUAUUUUAUGAUGUGACCACUACACCAAGGAAGUUACAUACUACAUCAGGUGUGUAAUGGUAAACUGUCACCUAUAUACCAAGUCAUAACAAAAUUAUGUACUCUAUAUCAACACUUACAUGUACUCGGACAUGUUUUGAAAUGACUUUGUAUAUUAAACAAGUUAUGAUUCCGGUGCUUGAUAUGACACUAUUUGUAUCAUUUACAGGGAAAUCUCUUCACAAAUCACCUCUCAACUAUGUAACACCUAUUUGUACAGUUAUUAUCAGUCUUGUGACAUAUCAGCCAUUUCUUAUGCAUAAUAUGAUUCACAUGUUCCAUUGAAACAUCAGGUAGGGCACAUAGGGAAUCUCGCUUCACAGUUGAAAUAUCAAACACAAAUUCAUGUAUUUUUACUUUGGAAAUUAAUUAUGUCAAAUUUUAUCAAUUUUUCUUAUAACCUGACCAAUAUGACACCCCUGGGCCCCUCCCUCUGGGCCCUUCCCUUGGGCCCCUCCCUCUGCUGCCCUAGUCUGUGUGGCCUGUAGCAGUUGUUCUACUGUAUAUACAUUGACAGCUCUGUACAUGCUUGAUACCACAUGGAUCAUUAGACCCAACUAAUAAAGGAGAGCUUGAUGUUACUCUUA